AUGUUCGCUACCAUCACCGUUGCCGCCCGUGCUGGCCCCUCGUCCGUCCCUCGCACCCAUUGGCAAAGUCGCAGCACUACUCAGACCGGGUGCCUUCAAGUUAUCGAGGAGGGCAACGCCCGUCGUGGCAUGUCUACUGGCUCCCUUUUCAGGCUGCACAAGGAGACGGAUGACAGUUAG